ACAUACCACCCACCUUACGCGCCAUCUUCUAGCUAAUAACCGGUCGUAAAAAACGUUGCAUUAAACCUGACUGCAGUUUCUUUUUCUUUCAAAAUACUAGUUUUCAUUAGCUAUACUGAACAAUGAGUGACAUUGAGGACGGAAACUACGAAAGACGGGUUAUUGAACGUGAAGGAUUUGAAGAGUUUUAUCCAAGAAUGAUGAAGAAAAAUUUCAAGAUAAAAGAAGGCUAAUGAAAACAUUUACAGAGCAGAACAUAGAAGUGGAAAGGGAGAAAAUGUGACGGAAGAAUGGUGUCAUAGACACACUUGCAGUGUAAAUGGCUAAAAUGAAACAGACCUGGAAUCAGAAAAUGAGAAAACUGAAAAAAGAAGAAUGAAGAAGGAUAGAAAUCCUGAGAGAAGGGAGUAGCGUGUAAAGAAUCUGGAAGAAUGAAUGUGUCCCUAGGUUAAGUAAAUAUACUGUUUGUGUCAAAAAUGUCUUUUCUCUGCCAUUGCUCCCUUUCUGUAAUGUAAAAAUGCAUGUUUUAUAUUUUUUCCCUUUAUGGCCUAGGUGGACAUGGAUAUAGACUUGACAUGUACAUUUGUUAUAUAUAUUUAAAAAUAUGCUACAUUGCAAGCCAAAGAUUUAUCUUUUGAAAUUACAAGAUUACUAACCCUUUUCUCCACAGUACAUAAGCUAUACAUUUAGACAGAUGUAUUGUUUGUGUGACACAUACACUACCAUAUUUCACUACUCUAUGUAUGAUUGUUUUUCUGUAUAAAGAAAUAAAUGGAUCUGUCCAAGAGAAAGUUGUUAACAUGCUGUUGUGGCAAUAGGGGUCACGGUCCCCAUCUAAAUCGGAUCAUGGGAUUCCAGCUCGGGCCAAGUCAGAGAGCAGGUCAGGCUCCCCGAGUCCAUCCCGGGCCUCCAAACGCUCUGAGUCCAGAUCCCACUCUCGGUCAAAAUCUAGGUCUCGUUCAAGGCGGCACUCAAACCGCCGCUAUAGCCGCUCUCGCUCUCGGUCCUAUUCACACCGGAGGAAGUCCCGUUCUCGUUCUUACAGCCCUGAAUACCGCCGCCGGAGGAGCCAGAGUACUUCCCCUAUGUCAAACGGGCGGCGUCACACUGGCAGCAGGAGCCAUGACUUCACAAAAGAAGCAUACAGUCAUGGGGGUGAUGCUGAUGUUAGGGCGAACCCUGAUCCGAGCACAUGCUUGGGGGUAUUUGGCUUGAGCCUGUACACGACAGAGCGUGACCUGAGGGAGGUGUUUUCCCGCUAUGGUCCUCUGGCCGGGGUCAACGUGGUGUACGAUCAGCGCACGGGUCGCUCCCGUGGCUUUGCCUUUGUUUACUUUGAGAGGCUUGAGGAUUCCAAAGAGGCAAUGGAGCGAGCCAAUGGUAUGGAGCUGGAUGGGAGGCGCAUCAGAGUGGAUUACUCCAUCACCAAACGUCCCCAUACCCCCACACCAGGAAUCUACAUGGGCCGACCAACUCACAAUGGUGGAGGAGGUGGUGGCAGCAGCAGCAGGAGAGGGAGAGACUCCUACUAUGACCGCAGCUACGACCGCUAUGACAGAUACGACGAAUAUGAGUACAGAUAUAGUCGCAGGCGCUCUCCAUCACCCUACUACAGUCGAUACAGGUCUCGCUCACGGUCUCGCUCCUACAGCCCACGACGAUAUUAAGUUUCUUCUUUCAGUAUUCAGCUUCCCUCCAACAAUUGAUGGUGUGUGAUUCAUCAAGGGGUUUCAGAGGGGAACGUUUUGAAUAAGCAUGUGUAUAUCAAUAGAACUGUUAAGUUUGAGGUAGUUCUUGUUUACAUGCAAUAGAUGUCUUAAUUUUUAGACAUUUUGAUGCAUCCAUGUUGAGUGUGAGCAAAGAGCUCAGUGACUUUUGCUUAAUCUGGCUUCAUUCAUCGACUUGCGUCCUUCCCUCUUUGUUUUCUACAGCACGGAUUCCCUUUUUUCCGUUUAGUGAGGGUUUAUCAGGUUUAUCUCACUGAUUUCUGUUAACAUUGUCUUCAUGACAGGGAAAGAAAGAUAGAUUUUAAAAAAAAUACUGGUGACACUUGAUUUUACAACUUGUAUUAAGUAGUUCUAAGAAUACAUUCUGUGAGUACAAUGAAAAACAACAGAUGUAUCCUAGUAUUACUUGGCACUAACUGAGUUUGCUGGUAAGUAGCAGGUAACUCUGGCUGUAAAAUGAAGUGUGACCAACAACCAGUAGUUGGGUCUUUGCUCACAUUCAGUCACUUUUUUUUGGACAAGGGAAGUCAAUGUUUGAGUUUUCAGAGUUUUAAUAUCAUGUAUCACAUUUUUUUAUUGUUGUUUCUUUGUAUGGAAAUACAAAUAUAUGAAAACUCUAAA